CAGAGGAUCUUUGAGGAUCAGGAUCUUCUUUCACUGAGUUUCUCUGCAGCUGAUGUUCAGCAUCAGACCUCAGUAAGAAAACUCUGCAUCUGUCAGCUCCUCCAGUUGUGCUGCAGUGUUCGCUCCCUGGACGCCAGCGAGGGGAACAAGUCAUCAAUCUGCUGGUGACGGUGAUAUUCAGAGAGGAGCCUUCCUCCGAAUCUGCUCUGUUACAGUUUAUGAGCGAGCCGUCACCGUUUCUUCAACACGCAGCUUCAUCAAAUGGCCACUAGUCCCAGCAGCGUCCAGCCGUCCAACAGCAUGGAGGAGACACAGCAGCCCGAGCAGCCAAUUAGCACACAGCCGGAUUGCGGCGAGGCAGGCCACGCCCCUGUGACCUCUCAACCAGCUGAGCAGGGAGCCGCCUCCUCAACGACAGACGAGAUAACAGAGGAGGGAGGAGCCAUGGAGCACCUGACAGUGAUCAGCGACAACAUGGAGACCAGUAACGGAAUCGCUCCAGCGAUGGUCGACUCUCCCACAGUGUCCUCUGUGUCGCCCAUGCUGCACGCCAAGCCGGGCGGCCACGCCAACGGUCGCCCUCGCUUGGGCAGCCGGUCCGGCUCAUUAGCGGCGGGCUCGCCCAGGCCCUCGCUCACCCGCCGGCCCAGCGCCCUCACAGAGGGCGCUGUGGACGGGUCCAAGCCGCGGGACUACCUGAUCCUCGCCAUCCUGUCCUGCUUCUGCCCCCUGUGGCCAAUCAACAUCGUAGCACUCACCUUCUCUGUGAUGUCCAGGAACAGUCUGCAGCAGGGAAACGUUGACGGGGCUCGUCGUCUGGGUCGUAACGCCAUGAUCCUGUCGGUGGUUUCCAUCUUGGGUGGAAUCGCCAUCAUCGCUGCAGCCAUCGCCCUCAACUGGGGAUUGAUAUUAAAGUCCUAACGAAAUGAGCGUCAGCGGUGAGACUUUUUGACUUCUCGACUUCUCGACUUCUCGGCUUCUCGACUCCACGUUUCCUCUUGUUCCUGAAGCACCAUCGUUUUUCAUGCUCCUGCACCGGAUGAUAAACAAGUUAUAAAAUCUGUUCCUGUUCUUUGCUGUUGUUUCUUGCUGCACGAUGAGCAUGUUCCACCUGACGCUCUACCUCCGACACCACCAACUAACCGACCCGACACCGGCGACCCCUCCUGGACACAUCGACCUCCUUGUUGCUUCCUCUCGCUACACUCUCUCCGAUCUGUCGUCAUGGUAAACUGACGUGUUACUGAAUCUCUGUGCCACAGUUCGGACAUCGGAGCUAACUGACGGACGUGUUUUCCACUUUUUGAUGCCAAAAGAAUCAGAAACUGAAGCGAUGAACUGUUCGUGUCGUUAACGUGAACGAAGGAAAGAAAAAGACAAAGUGUCCAAGUGUUUCCUGUUGUCUGUUAUGCACAAACACCAAGAUAGACGAGUGCUGCCUCCUGGUGGUCGAAUCACAGAGACUAAAGUCCUGACGUCAGCUGCUGUUCGACGGCUCGUCGUUCCAUCAGUCGCUCUGAAAAAAGGACGUUUACUUUCAUACAUUGACACAAACAGCUUCCACCACAUUCACGACUGGAAACACGAGGACUCAUCUCUGAAACGCUUUGAACAUAUUUUACAGCGUUCACUUUCUAACGACAAGUUUCUCUGUUGAUUAAACAGAAAUUUAAAAUAGACCGUUAUCUUCUCUGAUAGCCACGUGUGGCUAACAUUAGCAGUGCUAGCACCAGUGGUACUCACAGCAGUUGUGUUUUAACGUGUGAGUCGCUAACACACGUGUUGUGCACAGAUAAAUCAGGACCUCUCCCCCCCCCCGCCCUGUGCAUGUUUACAGUAGUAUUUACACAAAGCUUUUACAUCCGACGUAGCCUCAUUUAGCACGAGCGCUAACUGAGUAGCACUUUGUAAAUAAACAGUAUUCAUUGUCGUGAGCAGUCACUGACCCACAAUCCACUCGCACACAAACUGUGGGAUUUUAGAAAAUGUUGCUGCUGUUGAGUGACCCAACAUUUGAACUUUGCACCAAUCGGACGUCGUCUCUGAGGUCGGGUGGGGUCGGGUGGGGUCGCCCUGCGUUCACGUCACAUGACAUGGCAACGACCUGUAGGUGUUAAAGUUGUUUGAGGAUGAAAACAGUUUGUGCUGAACGAUGGUGUCAGACGUCCGUUUGUCUGGCUUUCAGAUGUUUUCAUCAAGUUGUCACCAAAAUAAAAUCAGGGUUUUCAGAUAAAUGUCCCAGUUGUCAUGACGAUGCUGUCUACGCCUGAUGCAGAUGUUCUGACGGGGACAACGUGUCCUCCUGUAUGUAGCAUGCCUGUUUACUAAUCACAUUAUGCAAAGAAAAAAAAUCUGCUCCGUGUCGUACGAACGAUGAAGCCUCUGAUUCCUGCUCGGACUCCAACACGGUUUUAACGGACUUUGCUUGCGCUACCUCUCAGAGUCGCCUCACGUGUUUCACUUUGAUGAUUUGAACUGACUGUUAAAACUAUUGUUUGUGUUUGAAUCUGUUGUUUCUGUUGGAACUUUAUCAUUUAUACAGACGUCCACCCUUAAUUCUGCUGAAACAGUUUCUGUACAUGGAAAAACUACUGGAGUGUAUACGUAUACACACACACACACACACACACUCAUAUACAUAUAUACAUAUAUAUAUAUAUGAGUGUGUACAAGUAUAUUAUAUAAUUACUUUGUCUUAGACGAAGAAAUGAAAAGUUCUGAGGAAGAUUUAUCAGUAAAUGCAAAAUUUAAAUCACUGUUCAUUUAUCAUAAAACUACAAACUAUAACAUUUUCAGUCAAAUCAAUCUAAAAAUAUGAGUCGACGACGUCCUCAGAUAUUUUCCUCUCCCUCUCUGGAGUCGGCUGCUGAUUUCUAACAAAGUAACUGAGAAAUAAAUAUGAAACGUGAUGUUUCUUUCUAUUUAAAUUAUGAACUUUCUUUAUCAACAUGGUUUUAAUCUUCUUGUAGUAAUCGAUUCUCUGACACGAUUUACCUCUGAAUCAACAGUUUCACAUUAAAAUGAGGAGAAACAGCUGGAAGAGAGAAUCUGAAACAUGAUGGAGGUGCAAUAAAAAUCAACUCACACAAAAACAACAACACAGAAAUAUAAAGUGUAUAAAACUGAAGAGAACUUUUCAUUUCUAACUCACGUCUCCUGUUCACACUUUAAAUCACACUUUUCUUUGGUCUUGACUCUGUUGUUGUGGUUUUCUUCUCUUUUGUAAAAGCUCUUCUGAGACCUGAUCUUUGUAUUUUUAUAUUUCUAUUCUCAUCCUCUGGAUCUUUUGUAUUGACGUGGUGAUCUACUGUUUGUAAAGCUCGGUAUAACCUGCUUCCUGCUUGCUCUUUUUAAAUGCCAAAGUGAGGGGACACUGUAAGCAUGACUCGACCGUCACCUCCUGUUUAUGAUCGACACACUGGACUGUGCCUGUGCAUGCCUUAACCUGACUGAGUAUUCAGAUUCAGAUAUUCACAUUUAUCAAAGAUGAUUGAAGGGAAUAAA